GAUAAUGGGGCAGUUGUGCCGACAUAAUAAGCGAGGAGGAACCCACAACCGCAGUCAGAGUGCGACCGCGAUGGCCGUGUCACUCACAUUGGUAGUGGUAGUCGCUUUAGCGGCGCACGCGCUCGCCGUCGACGUCACCGUGCUAGACUCGCCGGGAGUCAAGGCCCGACUUCAGGACAACCCGUAUGGGGGACUCAACGUCGUGUUGGAACGCAAGGGCAUAUCUGAGGUGAUCACCGUGAUCGGCCGGCACGCUGGCACCAUCAAAGACGUGGUGCAGGACGGAGACAUCGUCAUCCAGUUCGCCAACGAUACCACCGUGCGGAUCAGCAACGAGGAUAUCGCGGGCGAGAGGAAGGGACAGGUCAUCACCGUGACUUGGGAAGCGCCGAAGACCGUUAAGCUUGAGGACUGCGUUAAUUUGGGUUCCAACAAAUGGUACGGUGGUCCCCAACAAAAACGCCAGUAUUGGCCAAUCGAGCGUCUGAUUCUUCCCGACUAUUCCUACGUCACGAAAGAAGCAGAUAACUGUGGUGUAGCGGAACCCUACUGGCUCAGCUCCGCUGGUCUCUUCUUCUACUUCGACAAGAAAGUCCCUCUCUUCGUCGACCAGAACAACCAGGACAAAAACGCUGCUUGCUUCAAAGCCCAAAUCAAACCACCUUAUUCGAGCAAGAGAGAUCGCAAUGACCUGAUUUACGCAAUUGGAAUAUUCGAAGAUGUACGAAAGGCUCAUGAAUAUGCCGUAGAAAGAUACCUGGAGAAACCCACAGGAAUUCCUGAUGAAAAAAUGAUAACGUACCCGAUCUGGUCUACUUGGGCGAGGUACAAGCGGGAUGUUAACCACGACGUCGUGUUGAAGUUCGCAGACGAGAUCUUGAAAUACGAUUUUCCUAACAGCCAGCUGGAGAUCGACGAUCUGUGGGAGACAUGCUACGGUUCUCAGACGAUCGAUAAAGAGCGGUUCCCUAAUAUGAAAGGCACGGUGGACCAGUUGAAAGAGAAAGGCUUUAGAGUGACUAUUUGGUCACAUCCUUUCAUAAACAAAGGCUGUGAACCUUGGUAUUCUGAUGCUAAAGAAAAAGGCUACUUGGUAUCCUCUGAAUACGGGUCAGUGGAGACGAGCUGGUGGAACGACAACGAGACGACGACGGCCUACAUUGACUUCACCAAGCCGGAAGUGAGGGAGUGGUUCUUGGAACGACUGAAGUCCCUCAAGGAAUCCACGGGGCUUGACAGCUUCAAGUUCGACGCCGGAGAGUCGAGCUGGACACCUCAGAUACCAGUCCUGAAAGGGGACAUCAGAGAUCAGCCAGGAGUUAUAACUGCCGACUACGUGAGAGCAGUCUCAACCUUUGGUCCGAUGGUGGAAGUCAGAUCUGGAUACCGAACCCAAAACCUGCCAAUAUUCGUGCGCAUGAUCGACAAGGACACGUACUGGACCUUCGAGAACGGGCUCCCGACCCUCGUGACCACGCUCCUGCAGAUGAACAUGAACGGCUACCCGCUGGUGCUGCCGGACAUGAUCGGAGGCAACGGGUACAACGAGCCACCCAGCAAGGAGCUGUUCAUACGGUGGCUGCAGGCAAACACGUUCAUGCCUAGCUUGCAGUUCUCGUAUGUGCCUUGGGACUUUGACAAUGAAACGAUCGCGUUAAGCAAGAAAUACGUAGACCUGCACGCGCAGUACGCGCCUCAGAUCAUAGCGGCGUGCGCAAACGCAGUGGCCACGGGCGCGCCCGUCAACCCGCCCGUAUGGUGGAUCGCGCCAGACGACAGCGAGGCUUAUGAUAUUUGGGACCAAUACAUGCUCGGCGAGACGAUCCUAGUAGCGCCAGUGCUAGAGAAGGGAGCGACGGAGCGCGACAUUUACCUGCCGGCCGGCACUUGGCUGGCGCAGGGCGACCCCGGCCGGCGCCACGCGGGCGGCGACUGGCUGCGCCGCUACCCCGCAAAGCUGCACGACCUACCCUACUUUAUUAAGGAGUAAUGAGGAAUGUAAUGUACCCUUAUUUAAAACAGUAUUGCUUGUAAUAAAUUGUAGUGAAAUAAGAGCGAUUUUUUUUACUAUUAGAUAAGAGUCAAGGUCAAGCGCUACCCUGCUAAGUUGCAAGAACUACCCAACUUCAAGGCCACUGUUAGGUGAGAAAGAUAAAGAUGUUUCAAUCACUAGCUAAUUUCUUCUAAUGAGCGGUUUUUUGUGGAUCUAUCUUAGUAGCGCCGUUACUAGUAACGGUUUGUAAAUUGUAAUAAAUUGUAGCGAAUUUAGAUGAGCGUUUUUUUUUGCUAAGUAGAUACACAACACACAAGAGUCGAGGUCGCUAGCGCUACCCCGCCAAAUUAUAGCUACUGUACUUCGUUCGUGACGUGGACGCGUUAAGGACUUAUGUGCCAGUAUUUCUUGUUAUAAGCUGUAGUUAUUCUCGUCUUUGCGAAGACAAUGCUAUUCUAAUCCUACGCCAGUGCUAGAGAAGGGAGCCACAGAGCGCGACAUCUACCUGCCGGCCGGCACUUGGCUGGCACAGGGCGAGCCCGGCCGGCGCCACGCGGGCGGCGACUGGCUGCGCCGCUACCCCGCCAAGCUGCACGACCUACCCUACUUUAUUAAGGCGUAAUGAGGAAUGUUAUGUACCAUUAUUUAAAACAGUAUUGCUUGUAAUAAAUUGUAGUGAAAUAAGAGCGAUUUUUUUUACUAUUAGAUAAGAGUCAAGGUCAAGCGCUACCCUGCUAAGUUGCAAGAACUACCCAACUUCAAGGCCACUGUUAGGUGAGAAAGAUAAAGAUGUUUCAAUCACUAGCUAAUUUCUUCUAAUGAGCGGUUUUUUGUGGAUCUAUCUUAGUAGCGCCGUUACUAGUAACGGUUUGUAAAUUGUAAUAAA